ACGUUUUCCCAUGUGCGCGCUCUGGAAUCUGUGGUAUGAUUAAUUGAAAGGCUGGUCGACAGCAUCUUUUGCUUUUUCAAACAUUAUGGAAAACCAUCUGGAAUUGAAAUAUUUUCACCCCUCUGGGUCGCGUGGCAUGGCUUGACUCCGGUGGGCUACACCCCGUUCUGGUGGUAUUUAAAGAGGGGCUCUCUGCUCUCCACUUCACAACAGUCCUGCAGUCUAACCGUGAUCACACACACACACACACCAGAGAAUCAAAACAAACCCGUGGAGUGUGCUUUGAGGAAAUGGCUGGAACAGGAUUCACCGGAUCAUGCGUCGCUCUCUGCUUGCUUAUACAUAUGGUGAUGUGCCAGGAAUGCUCUCAGCCCUGUGACUGCCCAGCUGAGGGCCCUUUAUGUCCGGUGGGCACCAGUCUAGUGCUGGACGGCUGCGGCUGCUGUAAAGUCUGUGCCCGGCAGGCAGGAGAGCCCUGCUCUUUCCUGGAGCCAUGCGACCAUCAUAAAGACCUGUAUUGUGACUACGGUGUGCUCAGUGACACUGAGACGGGCAUCUGUAUGGCUCAAGAGGGUCAAACGUGCGACCUGGGCGGUGUGAUUUACCGCAGCGGGGAGACGUUUCAGCCCAGCUGCAAACAUCAGUGCGUCUGCAUGAACGGGGAGAUUGGCUGCGUACCAACCUGUGCAAGCAACAUACGGCUGCCCUCUCCAGACUGCCCCUACCCACGACGUGUCCAAAUCCCCGGCAAGUGCUGCGAGGAGUGGGUGUGCGACCAGAUCCCACAAGAAGACACCUUCCAGUCAGCAAUGGCUGGUAGGUCAAUCGCAUUUAGAGAAAUAACUGAUCAGGGUGUCCAGUCUGAGAGCGCAAGGGACAACUGCAUCGUCCAGACCACUGAAUGGAGUGAAUGCUCUGCAACUUGUGGCAUGGGUGUGUCCUCUCGUGUAACCAACGACAACGAGCAAUGCCAGCUGGAACGGCAGACCCGCAUGUGCAUGAUCCGGCCCUGCCACGCAGAGCUGGAAAAGGACAUAAAGAGAGGGAAGAAGUGUGUGCGGACCCCGAAGAGCCAGCGCGGGAUGCGUUUCGAGUUGUCUGGAUGCCAGAGUAUCAGGCUGUAUAAGCCAAAGUUUUGUGGGGUGUGUACAGACGGCCGCUGCUGCACUCCUCACGCCACCGUCACAGCCGAGGUGGAGUUUCGCUGUCCCGAGGGCGACGCUUUCAGGAAGAGGAUGAUGUUUAUUAAGACCUGCUCCUGUCAUCACGAUUGCCCCCGUGAGAACGAUAUCUUCCUCGCCUCACACUCACGGAGAAUGAUUGGGGACUACGAUAAUGACAUGUGAGGAGCUGUCCAGUGUAACACUGACAAUCAAGCACACGUGCACAUGAGGCAGCUCCGUGUUUUACUGAACCCUGAAAUACUCGCGUCCUGUGAGCAUAGAAAACUAGAAUGUUUGACAUGAAGUGGGCAUCGUUAAUGGCCCUCAACUUCUCUUCUCUUGUUUGUAAUUUUUGAUGCUCUGAAGUCAUCUGGCUGUUUGACUGGUCAUGCUGGCCUAAAGCAGACCUGAAGCACUGAGAACUUUGUGUUAAUAGGAUAGUUCACUCAAAAAGGAUAAUAAUAGGGUUACACAACAGUGGAGUUUUUGAAGAAUCUUGAGGCAGCUCUUUUCCAUAUGAUAGAAAUGUGUUGUGAUCACAUCUGUAACUCAAAAAAAGGACCACAAAUCAAAAGACAUACAAUUUUUACAUUAUAUCCGAAAUAUUCUCAAGUCAUAACGUCGUUCCGCAUAAUGAACAGUUAUGAUAACAAUUUGAUCACUAUAAACUGUUAUUGUUGAGAAGGGGUGAAUGAAGAUUCUUUAAAAAUAUAUCUUUUUGUUGGUUGGGAUGACGGAAUACUGUGAGGUUAAAUAAUAACAUGUAUAUUUUUGGGUGAACGAUUCCUUUAAGACAUCGUGUACUAAUGGAGUAGUAACGUUUUCCUCAAUACAGGAAUAGAUUGAAAUGACAAUAAUGUAAUCAUACACUUGAUAUGUAUUUUUAAUUUGUAAAAUGUCAAUGGGUCAUCAUUAUUUACAAUUAUGUUUACCCUACAACAAGGAAUAAUAUUUAACAACUGACAUAGUAACUUUUAAUGUUUGCAUCUAAUUGAACACAAGUAUGAAAAUACAAAAGUAUUUUUUGGAAGAAAACAUUCCAACAAAAGAGGCUCAGAUAAUGAGAUACUGCCUGUGUUGUUUACUGAUUAUUUAAUAUGGAAAAGAAUUGAAUGAUGACGAAUACACCUUGUGUAAAUAAUGUUAGACCGUGUACAGAUUGUACUAAUUUAUCGUUUAACUCUUAAAUGUAGUUUUGUACGUGUACUGUGUACUAUUGUAAUCACCUGGCAAUGAUACCAGUGAGUUAUUUUCUGAUGCACUUUUAUUUUCCAAUAAAGAAAUUAUAUUUUUAUAUAUA